AUGCUGGAGAACCACGACGUCUGCAGACUGAUCGUCUUCGCAGACGUAAAACACACGGCCGAAACAAUCGAACAAGGAAAAACAGGCUCUCUCUUCUCCCUCCUCCCCGCCGCCCCACCCCCACAGGCUUGUAGGGUGAUUCCGCUCAAUCUCGCGGCCUGUAAUGUCCCUUCCCUUUUAGACAAAACGAUAAGCAACCGACCGGAGUGGAGGACGGCGCUAGUGGCUCGGGAACUGGCGGGCUACAAGGUACACAUCGCUGCACUAAGCCAGACCCGGUUCUCCGAACAAGGCCAACUGAAGGAGGUGGAUGCCGGCUACACAUUCUUCUGGAGCGGUCGUCCCGAAGCAGAGCGACGGGACGCGGGCGUCGCAUUUGCCAUUCGGAACGACAUCGUGGGACGACUACCCUACCUGCCGCAAGCCAUCAACGAUCGCCUGAUGAGCCUCUGCCUGCCUCUCGGGGAUGGAAAAACGCCAUCAUCGUCAGCGCCUACGCCUCCCUUUCGAUGACCGGCCUUAACGGGGCAAGGAACAAAUCCUACGAGGACCUGCACGCCCUCCUGGCGACUGUGCUAAAGACGGAUUAGUCGGUUGUCCUUAGCGACUUCAACGCCCGCGUCGGCACAGACCAUGCUGCGUCGAGAGAAGUGCUGGGUCCCCAUGGUCUCGACGACUCCAAUAACAGUGGCCUAGUCCUCCUACGAACCUGCGCAGAACACCGCCUCAUCCUGACAAACACCUACUUCUGCCUCCUAAUGCGAGAGAUGGCCACCUGGAUGCACCCUCGGUCGCGACACUGGUACCUGCUGGACCACGUCCUCGUCCGCAGGCGAGACCAGCUGGACGUGCUUGUGACAAAGACGAUCCCGGAUGCCGACGGGUGGACCCAAGGUAAGCGACUCCCAGAUAAGAGGAAUAGUGCUUUGUUGUCUUUGGCUGCUCACUUUCACCACUUCAAGAGUGAACAGUCCAAAGGCUAGCCAAGCAUUCAAUUGCCGCCGCCGCCACUGAUGAGAACGCCUCCGUGGAGGACCGAUGAUGCCAACUGAGGGACAUAGUCCAAUCGACGGCCCUGGCUGUCCUAGGUCGCGCACGUCGCCAACACCAGGACUGGUUCGAUGACAACGACGCCGCCAUCAGCAACUUGCUCGCCGAGAAGAACAGCUUGCCCAAAGCCUGUGUCAUUCGCCCCACCGAAAACUAUGGGGAAGUCUUCUACAGUAGUCGCUGUCUUUUUCAACAGCGGUUGCGUGAGGUGCAGGAGGUCUGGAUGGCUCGCAAGGCUAAGUAG